UCGAUAGAGCCGAGAGGGGGAGUCAGUGGUGAUCUUGGACUCGUGAGAGCAGGAUGUGUCAGCCGGGCUUCUCUGGCCUUCUCUCUUGCACCCGACUCUCGUGGUGACCGGGGUGAUAGUGAGUGAUAGUGAGGCUCGGGAAAUGUGUGAGUGGUGAAGGUAGUGAGGCCAGGCGGGCCAAGCAUGACACUGUCAGAGCUCGGCGUCUGUGUGUCCGCUGCGCCCAACAGCAAACGCGCUGCUUCCGCCCCGCUGCCACCCGUCCAUACUCAGGAGCUGUAUGAUGUGAGGAGCGUUCCCGCGCCACCCAUGGAGCGAUGCGCGUCCCACACGUCCACCUUCUCCUUCAGUCAGGACAUAUGCAGGAUCUGCCACUGCGAAGGAGACGCCGACUCGCCCCUCAUCGCACCAUGCUACUGCGCGGGCUCCCUCCGCUACGUGCAUCAGUCAUGUCUGCAACAGUGGAUCAAGUCCUCCGACACCAAGUCAUGCGAGCUGUGCAAGUUCAGCUUCAUCAUGCACUCCAAGAUCAAGCCCUUCAACAAGUGGGAGAAGUUGGACAUGAACGGAAUGGAGAGAAGAAAGAUAGCUUGCUCGGUGACCUUCCACGUGGUGGCCAUAACGUGCGUUGUCUGGUCGCUCUACGUGCUCAUUGAAAGGACGACUGAGGAGGUGCAGGAGGGCUCUCUGGAAUGGCCUUUUUGGACCAAGCUGAUUGUGGUGGCCAUCGGUUUCACAGGCGGACUCGUGUUUAUGUACGUGCAAUGCAAGAUGUACGUGCAACUGUGCAAGAGAUGGCGUGCCUUCAACAGGGUCAUAUAUGUUCAAAACGCGCCUGAGAAGGUGCCCCUGAGCGAGCGUGACCGCACAGAGUUCCAACGGGAGGCUGGCCAACAGUGUGACAACGGAGGCGGCGUCGGCGGCGGAGGAGGCGGUGGAGGAGGCGGUGGAGGCGGUGGAGGAGGAGGAGGGGGAGGAGGCGGCGGCGGAGGAGGAGGAGGAGGGGGCGGCGGAGGGGGCGGAGGAGUUGGCUAUGGCAUCGGGAAGGACAACUGUAGCGAGUCCCACGAGGCGGACAAAUCCCUCAUGGGUGUGUCCAUCAUCACAGGCGCUGCCCCCCACGAUCUAACUCCUACUACCACCACUACCCUGUCUACCACUCCUUUCAGUACCAACACAUCUAUCACAACCACAACUAUUGCCACCACAAAUUCCACCAUCACAGCCACUAGUCCCCCUGGUGCUGUGUGGACAGACGCCCCCUCGUCACCUCUGGAUUCACAGCUGGCCUUCAGUACAGGAGUGUUGUCCGGGAUGCGUCGGUCUCGGACCAGCCCCCACCAGACCACGGCGUUCGUGACGAAGGGCCCGAGCGAGCCCCGGCCCGCCACGAGGGACGCCCUGGCCGCAGUGGACGCGCCCUUCGUGCCAGAGGGCCGGUGCAACCACGGGAGCAUGGAAGAACUCUCUAGCCAAGCGCUGGUCCAGGGCGAGUUCCAGCCGUUCAGAAAAUCCAGUUCAUAUAGUGUGUGCCUAGAGAAAGGUGUGGAGCGAUCUCUGGUGGGCGGGGCAGCGCCACACCCAGAGACUCACCCUGAAAGUGUGGGGCAAAGUCGAGGUCCUCACGGCGCGUCCCAUCCCUGGAGAGGAGACGCGUCGAGAGUCGAACCGCGCAUGAUUCAUACACCAAAUCUGAAUCUUCAGGUCAGGACUGAGAGUGAUGUAGACACCCAAGUGGAAACACUGCACCUAGAUAAUAUGUGAUACUUAACACUUAAUGUUGAACUUUGAUAAAUGGCUUCUGCUAGUAUUAGGCAUCCAUGGUUAUAGGCUACGAAAUGCUUUAGAUUAUCAUUAUUUUUUUCGGGGGUCAUUUGCAUUUGUGGCCGUGAGGAUGGUCUGUGAAUUCGUAUAUAAUCAAAAUGUUUUUUUUUUCUAAUGAAUAUUGAUCAACAUAGGGAAUUUUAUUUUUCAACAAUGGGCUACAUUUUGAAGUAUCUGCGAGCAAGGUCGGGUACCGGUUCUUUGAAUGGUAACUUUUGGUUUCAUUUUUUUUUGUGGAGAACUCAAGCAAUUUCAUCAUGUGCUUUGAAAAUGUACUUGUUUAUCUCAAUUACGUUGGUCAGGUAUCAUUUUAGCCUUCUUCCAUGUAUUUUUUUUUAAUGACUUCCUUAAGAAAUAUGUGCCCAUCGCGGUUAUAAUUUGGAGAUAUAUCGAUUUAAUAUAUGUACAAAAGCAAUCUCUUGAGAAGCUAUUGUAUAGUAAGUCGCUUGUUUACCGAAGAAGAUCGAGCAAAGAAAAUGUGAUAUUCAAGCCUGAAAUUCACAAAGUCGUUAUUAUUUUCAACAUUUCGCUCAUUUCAUAUCAUUUGUGACACUCCUCAAAAUCUUGUAUAAGCUAGCGCAUUCAAAGUAAUAACGUGUCAAAUUGGGAGAAAAUACAGAAACAGUUCGUACAUUUAAAAAAAAAAGGGGGCGAAACAAUAUUGGAUAUCGUUGGUAAAAUUAGUGUCUGUUCUUACUGUUCUUACUGGAUUGUGUCUGUAUUUUCUUCAGCCUGAAUUUUCGCCAUCAAUUUUAGAUAAAAUUCGAGUGAAGAAUGAAAGAGUUCCUACCUGUGGAUGAAUGUCUUGUAUCCCAGUUCAAAUUUCGCCGAUACUCUUGUUUCUAUUUUCUCUAUCGAAAGGAAACGGACAUUAGAAAGAUUGGGACAUCCUGUCAAAAAAUGUCGAUGGCUUUGUUUUGCAUCCUUUUGCUAUAAAAGAAGAGAGAGAAUGUGUUUAGAGCAAAGUUUCUUGAAAAGGAAAGAGGGGUCUAAAGAAUUCAGAUGGUGAACUGAAGUGCAUAUAUCUCCUUUGCCAUAAUUGGUCUAAAAGAUACACGGGAAAUCAAAGUUAAUACAGUUUCACAAAAAAAAAAAAAAAAUUGAAAAAUGAUUACCAGAACCAUAAGCCAUAGCAAUAUAUAUAUAUAUAUAUAUAUAUAUAUAUAUAUAUAUAUAUAUAUAUGUAUGUAUGUAUGUAUGUAUGUAUGUAUGUAUGUAUGUAUGUAUACACACAACAUGCAUUUUUUCCGCAGAGUACAUGCAAAUUUGUAAAAAAAUCUUCCAUGUGCGACUGAUGGCUUCGCCGACGUUGUUCUUAACCAGUUGUGUGAUAUUUCCCGGUAGCGCUCAAAGUUGCUAUAGAUAUGAAAAGAGAGAAAAUGAGGUGGGGGAAGAAAGAGAGAGAGAGAGAGAGAGAGAGAGAGAGAGAGAGAGAGAGAGAGAGAGAGAGAGAGAGAGAGAGAGAGAGAGAGAGAGAGAGAGAGUAGAGAAAUGUAUUUAUUAUUUCUACAAAUGAUGUAUCCGCCCAAGCAUUGUGCGUGUUCUUUACAAUCGAUGUCGUCAUUGUGUCACACUGGGAAAGAAAUGUUACAAAAAAAUGGAGAAAAAAAAUAAUAGAGUCAAAGAGAGAUAGUGAGAUGAAGGAAAAAAGCCUUAUGGUGACCUGAUAUAGCGUGUGGAGCCUGGCUGAUCCUGAACAAACAAGGCAAGACAAUGCUAUGUACAGCUUCUUUUUUGUUAUUACCUGUGUGUUGGAAUCAUUGUUUUCGAAUGCUGCAGGCAAAGUUGUCAAGUACAAUUUGAUUCAGUGUAUCUAUUUUAACCUAAAUGAUUUCAUUGAUAUUCAUAUCAUCGCUUGUGUGUGCG